CCUGGCGACAAUCUAUUUCCUUUUGGUGAGGACGGACAAGUAAUCGCAGGUGACAGCAACUUCCUGGACACUUGGGAGGCUAUGGAGGAGCUGGUGGAUGCUGGACUGGUCAAGGCUAUCGGUGUCUCCAACUUUAACAAAGACCAGAUUGAAUCCAUCCUGAACAAGCCAGGCCUCAAGUAUAAACCUUCCAACAACCAGAUUGAAUGCCACCCCUAUCUGACUCAGGAGAAGCUGAUCAACUACUGUCACUCUAAAGGCAUCUCAGUGACAGCCUACAGCCCCCUGGGCUCCCCAGACAGACCAUGGGCGAAACCUGGUGAGCCGUCCCUGCUGGAGGACCCAAAGAUAAAGGCCAUCGCUGUUAAGCACAAUAAGACCACAGCACAGGUAUGAGAGAGUCAACACUUUCCCCUAAUUCUGCCUUUAGUGACAUACUGUAGCAAGAUUUGAUCCUGUAUUUUAAGCCUUAUCCAGAAAUCUUGAAUUACACCAAAAAUGAAAGAAAUCGUCUGAGGAUGGUGCUGGACCAUCUGACGUAAUAAGAAAAGAGGCCACUUUUGAUGAAAAGUUUCAAAUCCAGGCACGUCACAUGACUGCACCAAACACAUGGUCCUAGAUAUAGGGAAUACAAAAGAGCAGAACAAACAAGUGUU